AUGGCGUCCUUAUUCACUGUCCCAAUCAGCUCAACUGGAGGGUCAAUCAUCUGCACAAAUCCGAGCACAGACAAAGAGCAUGCAAACAUCUAUGUUCUUACCUUUACCUCGCCAAAGGACAACCGCCUAACACCCGUUUUUAUCGACGCUUUACUUCUCGCUCUUGAUAUUAUUGAGCACCGCUACCCCAAGGGUGUUGUGGUCACUACCAGCGGCAUUGCCAAGUUCUACAGUAAUGGACUUGAUCUCGAUAUCGUGAGCAAAACCGAAGGAUUCCUGGAAAACUGGCUGUGGAGACUGUUCCGACGAUUCUUGACAUACCCCAUGCCAACAGUGUGUCUCUUGAACGGACACGCUUUCGCUGGAGGCUUCAUGCUGGCCAUGUACCAUGACUACCGAAUCAUGAACCCAGAUCGUGGAUUCUUAUGUGUCAAUGAAUUAGAGUUCGGUGUCCCUCUUCAGACACCCAUGAUGGGUAUCUUCCGUGAGAAGCUUACCCCAGUCACCUUCCGGAAUGUGGUUCUGGAAGCCCGUCGCUGGGGUGGACGCGAUGCACUCCAGGCUGGAAUUGUCGAUGCAGUUGGUGGUGCCCCGGAAGCUCUGGCUCUAAUUCAGGAUCGCAAGCUGCAAACAAAGGCUGCAACGGGCAUCUAUGGUACCAUGAAGGAAGAGAUGUAUGCCCGGACCCUGAGUGGCUUGGAUGACCAUGCUGGGAAUUUGCAGUGGAGGGAUAAUGUGGAGGAGAAGAAUCAUGCUGUUCAAAAGAGAGGACUGGAUGAUGUAGAGGCGUUUGAGAAGAAUGCAAAGGCAAAGCUUUAA